AAUACUUAGAAAAAUAGACGUGAAAUAAAUAGCGAUAAGCUGUAAAUUUUAUCAUCUUAUACAUAUUCAGUAUACUUACAAUAUGACUUCUAAGACGAUGUUUUUUAUCGCUGCUAUUUUUUGUGUACAAAUAAUUAAUUCACAAGCGAGCGAUAACUGCGCAAAAGGUGAAACUAUGUUAUAUUGUGGAAGAAUGUGUGAAGCGACAUGUGAAAAACCAUACAUUACUGAAGAAUGCAAGCACACUAAUUGUUUCGUCGGAGGAUGUGGAUGCGAUUUGGAUAGAGGAUUCGUUAGAGAUCCAAAAACUGAUACCUGCGUGAAAAAGGCCAACUGUAGUUAAUAAACAGUUAUAUAAAUUAUCUUCAACAGCAUUUUAAAUAAAAAUUAAAUAAUUUUGAGUCUUUUUCCUUCUAACAACAGUAAAACAAAAUUCUCUUAAGUAUACUGUGAAAAAUUCCCAUUAAAUUUUACUAUGGGUGUAUUGUAACCCCGGACCAUAAGAAAACUGGCACCAAAUUUACAAGUGUCAUAGUAAACGUAUGCGCAUAGGUCCCAAUCGUGUCGUCUGCGCAUACCGUUUACUACGGGACACUUGUAAAUUUUGUGCCAGUUUUCUUAUGGUCCGGGGUUACAAUGCACCCAUAGUAAAAUUUAAUGGGAAUUUUUCACAGUGUAGAUAAUCAUUUUAAAAUGGUUAAUAGUUCACUUACAAAUAAUUGAUAAUUAAUCAUAGGUAAAUAAAUGCAUUAAAGUAAUGAAAGUAAAUCAAUACCCAAAACAUGUGUUUUCACUUAUAAUUUACAUUAUUACGCAAAUGUUUAUUAUGAACCAAAAUAUCCCAUUCAAUCAAGCGUCAAUAAUAAUUUGUCCAUAAAUGCAAGCUGCUUAAAUUAAUUGAGUUCACGUGACAAAUAAAUUCAAAUUAAUCAAUAAAUGUUAACGCACACAAUUUUAUUAAAAUAUUUUCGGUAUACAUUAAUAUUAUAUUUAGUACUUUUUGUGGAAAAUAUGUAAGUUGAUUUGAUUAAUCAUAAAU